AAGUUGGCCAAAGAAAUAUAUAUAUAUACCGUGGUAAAUUGUAAGGUACCUAUAAGAAAAUCAGAUAAUUUGGCGGCCAACUCACGCCAAUGAUUAUCUUAUGAUCUAUUUAACCUGAGGCAAGUUCAACUUGAACUGGUUGAAGUUGAAGUCUACCAACAGAAAAAGCGUGUUUUCACGAUUUUUGCUUUCACUUCACACCACAGCGUAAGCCCGCUUGUGCUACGUCUGCCUAACCAAUACCGACGAUUGUCACUACAACCUUCAGCAACCCAAAUCCCCAGACAGAGUGCAUACCCUUUCCUCAAAGCAUCCCAUCCCCACGGCCCCCAUCCAAACUAGACCGACAGGUACCUGCGACGCAACAUAGAAUCCCUACUCCCUAGUGCAUGAGGUCAAGGUCAAGGUGCAGUGGACCAGGAACCAAUUACUGGGCCACCCGAUCAUGCAGCCGCCGAUGGAGUCUGACACGGACUGCGAGUCUCACUCGGAGAGCGUUAGCGGCGACACUGGCCUGCUCGCCUGCGGCGACAAUGCCGACGAGUGGCCGCGACUGGGCGGCGGCGCCGCGGCCGACCACCGGCUGCCCGUGGUGCCGGCCCGACUGCGCUCGUGCGCAGAGGUCAAGUUCGCCCUGCUCGACCGUCUGCCCGGCUUCACCGAGCCGGACCUGCACACGGACCUGCGGCGCGCGCGGGCCGCCACCGUGCCGCUCUGGAGCCCCGGCUACGCGCGCGACAUGGACGCCUGGCAGCGCGAGGUGCUGCACCAGCAGCGGCUCGCCGACGAGCGGCCCGAGUUCUCCAGUUUCUGUAUUGCGAACAUGUCGAUGGAUUGUUUGGAUGGCGUGGACGUCAUAUCUGAGGGAGAGAAUAUCAAGAAGCUGCUGAAGCUGGCAUACAAUAAUCGGGAAGAGAUCAGCAUGGUGGUUCACAGAGUGGGCCGGCUGCUGCUGCUGGACGACUUCGACAUCACCACCCACCUGCUGGAGACGGAGAAGACCGAGUGGGUGUGGCUGGACCGCCUGCUGCGCGAACACUUCCUCACAAAGUUUCAGGACGAGGACUGGGCGCGCCGGGCGGCCGCCGAGGAGGAGGCGGCCGCUGUCGACACGCGCUCCGCCGAGCUCUACUCACGGCUGCUGCUGCACACCGUGACGGCCCUACCGUCGCCGGCCGCCCCCGCGCCCGCCCCGGCCCUGCUGGCGCUGCCGGCGCCCUCCGACAUCGCCGGCACACCGCCGCCGCCCCGGCGCGGCCGAUAUCGACGGCAUUACUUCGCCAGAAACAUGCUCUGGACGUUCCAGGAUUUGAAAAUGUUGAUAGGCACGGACAUGCCGAUUCUGGGCGGUGGCACGCACCCGUGCGUCUCACUGCGACUGCAUGACCUGUCCGAACCGAUCAAUGUGCUGACGGGCCUCGACUACUGGCUGGACAACCUAAUGUCCAACGUGCCCGAGGUGCUCAUGUGCUACCACGUGGACGGCGUGCUCCGGAAAUACUCUUUGAUCAAGACUGAGGAGCUGCCCUACCUCCCCGACUCCACCUUCCGGCCGGAGGUGGUACACGACGUGGCGGAGAACAUCCUGUCGUUCCUCCGAGCCAACGCUACCAAAACGGGACACACGUACUGGCUGUUCAAAGGCGAGGAUGACGACUGCGUCAAGCUGUACGAUCUGAGCAGCCUACUGGAGAGCCGCUUUGAGGGCGUCGGCCGGGACGACAACCCGUUCUCGGGCCACGUCGCGCUGCUCCUCUAUCGAAUUGCCUGCAACAUGCUUCGGAAGAGGCACGUGGUCGACUUUGGUGACCGACUGGGCACCGUGCGCACCAUCCUCAACAAAACUCUGGAACUCAUCAAGGCGGACAAGUACCUCCAGGUGCGUGCCAACAUCCACAUGAUGCUGGCCGACUGUUACGUGCCGCGCGACCACCGUCCUCUGACCACCGAGUUCGCUGGCGGCGGGCACGCAGACGCAGCGCUGGCGCGCAGUCCCGAGCGCACCGUGGCCACGGACUCUCCGUGGAGCCAGCAGCCGAUGGUUCGUGUUGACCUGCUGGCUCGGAAGGGCGCCGUGCAGCCCUCUGAGCAGGACGCCUGGGAGGGCGAGCCCCGGCCGCAGCCGAUCGCCGGGGACGCGCGCGAGCGCACAGAGCGAGCGCUGGAGCACGUGUUGUCUGCGCUCGACUGCCUGAGACGGAGAAACGAACUGGAACGCGACGACAAGGCGCCGAAGAUGGCGCACCCGGCUCAGGCUAUCCCCAUGCCGUAUUGUCCGUUGAACGAAGUUCUGGUCGCUGCAACCUCGGAGCCACCAACUGAGGCGCCUUCUGAGGCAUCCGAGCCGUCUGAGAUAUCAUCGGAACCACCGCCGCCACCGCCGCCCCCACCGACACCGACACAUGAGGGUGAUGUCACGGAGAUGCUUCUCUACCAGAAGGCGGCCCACCUGUGCUCGGUGCGCGCGGCGGCAGCCGGCGAGCGGGGCGACGCCCUGCCGGCCCUGCGCAUGGCCUGGGCCGCUCUGCGGUGUGUGGCGGCGGCCGGCGGCAGCGGGGCGGUGCCGGAGGUAACGGCCGCUGCCUCGAUCCUAGUCAGUGACGGCCUGCUGCUGCUGAGCCGGGCGCCGGCUGCGGACACUGAGGCCGCGCGUGCCGCCUGGUGGGAGCCCACCGAGCCGGUGGAGCGGAGUCUCCUUCAGCGACUGAGGGAGGCGGGAGCUGAUACGCCGCCCGAGUUUGUGGGCAGACCGGCGCGGCCGCCCGGUGUGGCCGGAGACAUGGACAUGCUGGAGGACGCCGUCAGGACGAUGGAGUCGGCCGCCACGCUCAAGCUGUCUCCAGAGAUGCGACAGCACGUGCGCACGCGCCAGGGCCUGCUGCUGAACGAGAUCGGCCUGCUCUACAGUCGGCGACUGGAGGAUGUAAUGAAGGCAGUGGACAGCGGGCCGGCCGCCUCGCUCCGAGCGCGCGCGGAGGCUCAGCGCAGACCCAUGGAGCAGGGCUACAAACGAGCCGAGAGCGCCUUCUGCAGGGCUGUCAGUCUGCUGGAGGGCUCGCCGCAGCGGUGCGCCACGGAGAUGAACCUGGGUCACCUGUACAACCGGGCGGCGGCGGCGCACCACCAGCUGUUCGCCGACGCGGCUGCCACCGUCUCGGACCUGGAGCGCACCGCCGCCUGCUACGGACGCGCCGCCGCCGCCGCCGCCGCGCCCGGCCGCUCCACGCGCUUUGCUGAACAGACAGCCGCCGUGGUGGGGUGUGCCGAUUUCGCCGCACGCAUGCGCCUCCUGCGGAGCGGCGUCGGGUACCGGCUGGCGCUGCUGCACGGCGAUGUGGCGGCGGCCGGCGGCGCGCCCGGCUCGGCCGGACGGCAGCGCGCCGUCCAGGAGCUCUUCAGGAAGGCGCUGGCGCUCUGUGACCCUGCGCUUAUGCCGGCGGGCGCCGAGCGCCGCCAGGUGUGCUUUCAUGCGGCUGAGGUGAUCGCUAUGCACGCAGUCACACACGAGGAGACUGCCAGGCUACCUACAUCCGAGCGGCGUCGCGCUCAGCUGUACCGAGAGGCGCUGGACCUGUACGGCCAGUCGGCCCUCCGGUACCAGGAGGCCGGCCGGCCCGACCGUCUGCUGGCCAUGCUACACGCCCAGACGGCCGUCAAAGAGCACCAGGCGGCCGCGAUGAGCCACUGGUUUAGCCGCGUGAAGCUGGUCGAGGAGGCUAUGACGGCCGUGGCCUCCCCGUCCUCUCCGCUGGCGCCUCUGCUGGUGGCAGGGGAGGCGUCCCUCACCGACCCCCAGGACCCAGAGCUGGCCGAACGCGUACAGAAGGGCGCGCAGUGUCUGUUUGAGAGCCUGCUGAACGCACUGAAGACGGUCUGCCUUCUGCUGAGGAAAUAUGGAGGCAAUAAGAAAAAACAAACACCGGCGUACUUUGAGGAGCUGUACCGCCAGUGCCUGGCCGCCUCGCUACGCUCCGGCACUGGCUUCAGCAGGCUCUCCAGCCUGGUGCAGCUGGUGCGGAAGGCACAGAAGCCCGGCUCGUGACCGGGGGUGGAACCGCAGGAGCACGGAUGAGCUGCUCUGAUCUUCACCGGUCGUGCUGUGGCACGAAGAUCAAUUGUACGGGUAGUACAGUCUGCAAGCAACGUCAUGAUAUAUCGUCAUCUAACAAACGCUCUUUCACUUACUCGGUAAUGUUGUGUGGUUUGUGUGGGGCUGUAAUUUAAUCGAGUGCGGCUGUUCAAUGGCUGUUACCGGCGUGGAUAGUCCUUUUGGGGGCGGAUUCCACGAUAAUGUCUGUUUAACUUCGUGUUUUUUGUCGUCCCGUGGACGGUUUAUCUAUAAUCCGUGCGAACAGCCGAGAAAAGGUUUGGUAAAUGCUAGUGUUCAUCGCCAUUUUUGUGUUGCCAUAACGGAUGCAAAGCGUUUUGGAUUUUGAACUAUUUCCAACAUUUUCUCAGCUAGGAAGACAGCUGUCCUCAUUAUACGUCAGUAUUCAAUGUGCGCGUGUCAUGCCUGUAGGGCGUUCACUUGCACUCUUGGUGUCUUCGUUGUUUGCGGACUAGAGUGUGCGGAUCGAUGCCGCCAACAUAUUAAGCCAGUGAACAGUAAGUUCAACUUGUAACCUAACCAGGUUCAACUAUGAAGUCCAGCUGUGAGUGUGCAGUGUUUUAUAUCGGUCUUAUUUUGGUAACCCGUUAGUGUCUUUAUAAUAAACUGGACACGAUA